AUCUGAAUCCGCCACGUAGCGCAUCACAGACACCUGCCACUAAAUCCGACGUGUCUUUCCCUGAUUGGGCAUUCAGAUGAAUCAUUUAGAAUGGAUACAAAACCGUUGCCUACAGAGAGAAAAUCCAAGAUUAGCAAAGCGAUCAAGAGAGAGAAAGACCAGGGGCCACGCCUUUAUAAGCACACAGAGUGGCACCACAUUUUGCAGAAGAGUUGGAAUAUGAAAAAUCACUGAAUUGUUAGAGCGCUUAAUAGAAAUUUUCAUUUUCGUCUCGCCCGUCUUUCAAGAAUUUGGUCGUAUUUUUCUGGGUUUCAUAUCUUGAUUUCGGACUGGCCUUGUGUUUCUUCUUCAAAAAGAGAUCACUUGUUUUGGGUCUAAAGUUUUGAAUUUUAUUUGGUACAAAAAGAAUUUUGUUUUUCCAUCCUUCACCUGUUCGAUCAAUUGCCUCUUUGAAAAGUUUGAAACUUUUAUUUUGAUUCUCAACUUUGUUUGUGCGAAACUGUGUUGAAUUCUUGAUAGAAUACAUGGCGAUGGCUAUAGAUACAUAUAAUUCUGGCAGUAAUCAGAUUUUGUACGCAGAUUCCUGUAGGGAAGAGCUUAUGCAAGCACUCCAACCUUUUAUGAAAAGUGCUGCUUCUUCUCCAGAUAGCUUCUCUCUUCUCCCCUCUGCUUCUCCCUCAACUUCUCUCUCUUCCUUUGAUCCCUCAUCUUUCUCUUCCCAAUCCAAUGCCUACUACACUUCAAUCCCACCGAGAAUCCAAAUCAGUGAUGAUCAAAUCCUUACCCAAAUCCAAGCUCAAUCUCUGCUCAAUCAGAGCCCAUUCUCGGGGUUUCUCGGCCCGAAGCCCGCACUGAUGAAGCAGCCCGGCACGCCCCCGAAGCCCGCCAAGCUCUACAGAGGAGUGAGGCAGAGGCAUUGGGGCAAAUGGGUUGCCGAAAUCAGACUCCCCAGAAACAGAACAAGGCUAUGGCUCGGCACCUUCGACACGGCCGAGGAAGCCGCCUUGGCCUACGACAAGGCGGCUUUCAAGCUGCGAGGGGAAUUCGCGAGGCUCAAUUUCCCUCAUCUCAAGCACCAUCUGUGCCAUGAAUUCAAGCCCCUGCAUUCAUCAGUUGAUGCCAAGCUUCAAGCCAUUUGUGAAGGCUUGGCAGAGUCUCAGAAACAGAGGAAUUCAGACCAAAGCUGUGACCUUUCGACAGACCUGCCGGAGAACGCCUCCCGCCAGCUGCUGAGAGUCAAAAUGGAGGCCUCUCCGUCUCCCUCGCCAUCAGAGGAGGUGUCUUCGGCUUCCCCGGAAUCCGACGCCGCUUUCUUGGACUUCCCAGAGCCAUCUUUUGGUGACUGUGAUAAUUUGCUGCUUGAGAAAUACCCUUCUGUUGAGAUAGAUUGGGCUGCUCUGUAAUGGUAGUUUUUUGUGUUUGAAUGUUGAAGUAGAUUUGUGGCAACUCUGCAAUGAAAUUUUUGACAUGUGCAGAUUUUGUCCAUAAAUCUUGUGAAAAAGUUUGUGUAAUAAUAUGUAAUGUAAGUCUUGGUCUGCUGGUGAUUUUUGUCCAUGUAUGACCAUUGUAGAUUUGUCACUACUUA